AUGUCAAAUCUUUUGAAACGAAAAAACGAGGACGACAGCGAAGUGCUGCCGGACCAAUUAAGCAAGCGUGUGGCCCUAGAUAGCGAGCAGUUGGCUGCGCUCGAAGCCGCAGAUGAACUGGCGCAAACGGCACCCCAAUUUGGCGCCCCGAACCUGGCGGCUAUUGACGAGCAAAUCCCUGUGGAACACGGCGCCGUUUCCAGUGAAAAUCCCGAAGAAGGGCUGACGCUGGCCAGCAACCAAAUCCAUAAACUCCAGUUGGACCAGCCGCCGAACUCCUACGCUCCCACCCCCGUGUCGAAGCCCGUGCUGAGUCACCGCGAAAAAGAAGACCUGGACCACGUGUAUUUGCGCAUGUUCUGCCCCAUGAAAGAAGCGGGCGUGGUGGUUGGAAAGAAAGGUGAGCGCAUCACACAUAUCCGCGAGAAGGCCGGUGUGCGCAUCCAGGUGUCGGAGAACUUGAAGAACGUGCCCGAGCGAGUGGUUUCUGUCAAGGGCCUGGCGGAGAACGUGGCGCGUGCGUUCGGUUUGAUCACUCGCACGAUUUUGGACGAGCCUGAAGAUGAGCCCGCGCUGAUGAUGAGCAAACAUUACGUGCUUAGGUUGCUCGUGCCGCACCCGGUUAUUGGUUAUGUUAUUGGCAAGGGUGGCGGAAAGUUCCGUGAGAUUGAGGAGAACUCCGCCGCCAAGUUAAAGGCUGCCGAGCUGGUGUUGCCUUACUCCACCGACCGCGUUCUUUCCGUGUCAGGCGUGGCAGAUGCCAUACACAUUGCCGUGUACUAUAUCUCACAGGUUCUCUUGGAACACAAGGAGACCUUGAAGAAGAAUAAGAUCAUCUUCUACAACCCGGCCAACUUCCACCAUCUGGGUACUGCAAAUAACCCGAUGAUGAACAUGGCUGUUGCCGGCACACAUGUUCCUGCCAGCAUGCCGUAUAUAGCCCAGGGGCCGUCGAUGCAGAUGCCAGGCAUGGCGCCCAUGAAGGAGCAUGUGCAGCCGCAGCCGUACCACCAGAAGGCCUACGACUUCAACAUGAUGUUCCAGCCUGCGGUGCGUCCACAGUACAAUGGUCCGCUGAAUUUGCCUGCAAACUCAAUCCCGCUGCAGAGCCUGUACACGGACGAGCAUGGGAAUACGAUCAUUGGCGACGUCAUCGUCAACUUGCCCGUGCAGAUUAGCACCGGGCCCGACCGGUUUACCCAGGACGUGUUCGUGGCCAACACGAACAUUGGGUCGGUCAUCGGCAAGGGUGGUAACAACAUCAAGCAAAUUCGCGAGAGCAGCGGGUGCGCAUACGUGAAGAUCGAGCCCGACCAGCACCAGUCAAUCCUUCUUGGUGGCGGGCGCGGCUUGACGAACAUCCGCAAGUUGACACUAACAGGCACUUAUUCGGCCAUACAGACCGCGAUCUUCUUCAUUAACCAGCGCAUCAGCACCGACAAGGAGCGUAACGGCGUGCAUUGA